AUGGCGGGCCCAGUGGGGAGCCUCACGAACCUGCCCAGCCCCAGGGUGGCGUCCCUCUGGCUAGUGAUCCUGCUGGGCAGCUCACGCCUCUGUCAGAAGCCCCCGGCUCCCCAAGUUGGGCAGCUCCCUAGGACUCUGUUCACCAUCAGUGGGCCCCUGGCCAUACUGAAGGAUACCUACUUGGAGGUGACACGAUGCCCCCGAGAGGAUGUGUGGCAGCAGCUGGUUGAGGAGGCCGUGCAGCCACCGGAGGCCUGGGUGUCCAGGAUGCCAGGAACCUGGGGGUCGGGGCCCACUGGGUCAGCCCUCGAAGCCACGAGGGUCUCCGUGGAGCCAGUGAGGUGGGUCGAGGGGUGGGAUGUGGGCCUGCCGGGUGAGGAUGGCUCCGACGGCUCUUCCUGUCCCUUCCCCCUCCAGGCGGCCCACCAGAUGCUGUCUUGGGCCGAUGCCACCUCCUCCUGGGCCCUGAGGCGGCUCUGCAAGCCCUUGGUGGACCUGUACAGCUUCUCGGCCAGGAACUGCUCCGUGGUGGUGAUGAUGCCCCUGCUGCCCGCAGGGGACGAGCCCCUGGAUGUGGCUCGGGUGACCAGUUACCUGGUGGAGGAGAAGCUGCUGCGGCCGCUCCGAGAGCUGUCCAGGACCAACCUCCUGGCUCAGUGCUACCGGCUCAAACACCACCCGCCGGGGGGCCCCUCUGAGUGUGAGUCUCGUGCCAGCCUCCUCCAUGGCAGCAGGGCUUGGCAGCGUGGGCCCAUCUCUGCUCUUGGGCUUCCCAAGGUCCUACAGAACUGGGCCUGGCCUACAAAUCCAAGCUUUUGUCUGGAAUAUAAAAGCCUGGGCCAAGUACAGAGGUGUGGUGUGCAGCUCAGGGCUCCAGGCCAGCCCCUGCCCAGUGGGCCAUGCAGGGAAGCAAAAGGCAGACCUCCAUUCAGAGCCAGAAGGUGGCCAGUUGAGUCCAGACGCUCGGUCAGGCAGGGCCUGCAGCCACGGGUUGUGCUGGGACUGGACAUGGUGCAGAGGCUUGGAGUAUGGCCCUCUGUGGGACAUGGUUUCCAGCUCUGCCAAGAGGAUCCAGCAACGUCGCUCACUCCUAUGGGUAACGAGUGCCCAGGGUGUGGCCGGGACUGCUGUACCAGGGCGGGGUUCCUCUACUGCACGUGGGGAUGCAGUGGCUCAGGGCCUCCAUCUCCACAGUCAAUUGUAGGACAUUUUCCUUUCCCCAAGGACACUCUGAAUCCCUUAGCCACUAUCCCCAGCCUGUCACAUAUUCCCGACAUGUGUAAUAUGUCACCUUCUGUGACAGCUUCUCACGCAGCAGAAGGUUCAGGCCUGGAUCAGUCCUUGUCCCUUCUGAUCACCAAAUUGGCUGCCCAAGAGGACACUGGCCACAGAGCGGGCAAGGCGCGCUCCAGCCUCCUGGGGUGCCCGUGGGCCCCCACUGCAGGGGGCAGAGCUGGCCCUUCUCACCCUCCCUUGGGAUUCUCCUUGCCAGAUCAUGCCGUGGGGGCCGGGCCCAGGUACGUGGUGACCUUCGAUGGCCAGGUGUGGGAUUUGGGUGCCCACUGUGGCAGCCUGCUCCUGGCCAAAGAGUUUGCUCAUAACCUGUUAUCCCUGACGGUGAGCGGGGCAGGCUCAGGGCUCAAAUCUGUGCCCGUGGAGCUGAAGCACACCACCUCCAUGCUCUACCCCAGCCUGGAGACCUACAGGCUAUACGACACCUCCCUACCUAUGGGGAGCUGUCCGGACCUGGAUCUUCCUCCUGUGAACACGUGGAAACAUGUCCCCGAGAUGGAUCUGACCAGUGCAGAGGGCGUCUCUUGCUCCUCUGACAUCCAAGCUGGCCUCUGCAGCCUGACGUGGGGCCUCUGGCUCCACGGCACGUCUGCCAGCCUUCUGGGCACCAGCGACAAUGAGGCUGGCAAUGAGCUGAUGCUGCCCGAUGGCAGAGUGGCCAGCAGCCUCGAGGAGUUCACCCUGGCCGGGCAGGUGAACCCCACGCCGUUACUCAGCCUGUGCCUCCAGAAUGUCUGUGGCACCCAGGAGCUCCCACCUGCUUGCACACUGGUGGCCACCGACAUCCACCUAGGUGCCCGGGGCUUGGUGCCCCUGGACCCUACUCCCCUGUGCGGGAAGGAGGGUAGAAACGAGGUCGCACUAGAGGCCCCCGUUCUGCCUCCACCCGGAGAGGAGCCCGGCCCUUGGCUGCUCAGGGCAGAGGAUGCUCCCCAGCGGCUUGUGCUGCCCCGGGGCUCUGGGGUCUGA